AUCGAUUUUUCUGAUGACAGAACUGGCCUCCAGAAGUGGAGACGGCCUUACAGCUCAUGCACCAGAUGAAAGGAGGCUGUUGCUUACAAAAGCCCUCCCUUAUAAAAAGGCUGCAGCCCUCCUAUGCCCGUCUCUUUGGGAGUGAGGCCCACUGAACUUUGUGGGGUUUACUUCCGAGUACACAUUGCUUGGGAUGGGGUUUCGGGGGGGGGGGCAGACCAGACCAAUGUACCUACUAGUUCUGGAAUUUGUGUAGCAUAUGCGGUGGCUCCCUCUUAAUGGCUGCUGCUUCUCUUCCCGCGCUAAAAAAAAGAAAGGGGACGGAAAGAUGCUAAUUUUAGAGAGGGUCUUUUGAGUGAGUCCUCAGUGAGGGCAGACAAAUUCCGGCAGCCCCAUAGCUGCCCAUCCACUGAAGGACUAAAGGCACCCGCUGCCUCCAGAAAGGCUGUUUGCACGGGGGCAAGUAGGCCGAGGGGAAAGGGUUAAAGAGGCAGGACUUGGCCGGCGGAUGGGGCGCCGCAUCCUUCCUCGCUGGUCCCCCAAGGUCGGCUUGGCGGCAGCCGAAGAGCAUGCCUGCCCCGCCCGCGGCGCAGAGAGCUAGGAGCCGGGGAGGCGCGGCCCCGCCGCCGCCCUCUCCUCCUCCUCCUCCUCCUCGUGGGCUGCUUUCCAGUCUGCAGCCUCGGCCGCGCAUGUUGUCGGCGAGCCAGAGGGCGCCGCGUGGCCCCGACGCGGGUAGAGCGUCCGCGGGAGGCGCCUAGGGAGAAUCGGCCGGGGCGAGGCGCUAGGGAGGCUGGCCAACUGGCCAGGGCUCUGCUGCAGACAGGAGGCGAGGCGACGCAUCCGCGCAGCCCACCUGGGCAACCCCACCCUGCGCUCCAGGCUCUGCGGCCGGCCCAGCCCAGCCCAGCCGGGGCCUUGAAGGCGGCGCGCGAGCCACGCUUGGCUUGGGCUCGGCUUGCAGCAGGCGCAGGGAGUCGAUGGGGUGAGAUUUCCGUGCCGGCCAGCGAUGGACGACUCCGGGAUCAUACGCCGGAGGCGGCUCCAGAAAGACCUCCCUUUGCCCAGGAAAAGUAGUAGUUGCCGAACCAGUAACAGAAAGAGCCUGAUCCUGACAAGUACAUCACCGACGCUGCCACGGCCUCACUCUCCACUCCCAGGUCAUAUUGGUAGCAGCCCCCUGGACAGCCCUCGGAAUUUUUCCCCCAAUACACCGGCCCACUUUUCCUUCGCUUCUUCCCGCAGGGCAGAUGGCCGUCGUUGGUCCUUGGCUUCCCUGCCAUCAUCUGGAUAUGGAACCAACACACCCAGCUCGACUGUAUCGUCAUCCUGCUCCUCCCAAGAGCGCCUUCACCAGCUGCCUUAUCAACCCACUGUGGAUGAGCUGCAUUUCCUUUCCAAGCAUUUUGGCAGCACUGAAAGCAUUACUGAUGAUGACGGGGGACGGCGGUCCCCUGCAGUGCGGCCCCGGUCCCGGAGCCUCAGCCCAGGCCGGUCCCCAUCCUCUUAUGACAAUGAGAUAGUAAUGAUGAAUCAUGUUUACAAGGAGCGAUUUCCCAAGGCCACAGCGCAAAUGGAAGAGAAGCUGCACGAUUUCAUCAAGACCUAUGAGCCAGCCAGUGUGUUGCCCUUGGCUGAUGGGGCGCUCAGUUUCAUCCACCACCAGGUCAUUGAGCUGGCUCGAGACUGUCUAGCCAAGUCCCAGGAAGGCCUCAUCACCACUGUCUACUUCUACGAGCUGCAGGAGAACAUGGAGAAAUUACUGAAAGAUGCCUACGAGCGCUCCGAGAGUGAGGAGGUGACCUUUGUCACUCAGCUGGUGAAGAAGCUGCUCAUUAUCAUCUCCCGACCAGCCCGGCUACUGGAAUGCUUGGAGUUUAAUCCUGAGGAGUUUUACCACUUGUUGGAAGCAGCUGAGGACCAUGCCAAAGAGGGACACCUGGUGAAGACAGAUAUCCCUCGCUACAUCAUCAGCCAGCUGGGACUUACCCGAGACCCCUUCCCAGAUGUGCUGUAUGUGGAGGAGCACGAUAGCGGAGGAUCCAACACACCUGAGACAGAGGAAUUCACAGAGGUCAGUACACAGAGUCGUGGAACUACUCCAAAGCCAAAGAAGCCACCAGGAGAAGGAGAUUUUGAAACAAUUAAACUUAUAAGCAACGGGGCGUAUGGAGCUGUGUAUCUGGUGCGGCACAAAGAAACCCGGCAGCGCUUUGCCAUGAAGAAGAUUAACAAGCAAAACCUCAUCCUGCGCAACCAGAUCCAGCAGGCCUUUGUGGAGCGUGACAUUUUGACUUUUGCAGAAAAUCCCUUUGUGGUCAGCAUGUUCUGCUCUUUUGAGACAAAGCGCUAUCUCUGCAUGGUCAUGGAGUAUGUUGAAGGUGGGGACUGUGCCACACUGUUGAAAAACAUAGGGGCGCUGCCCGUAGAGAUGGCCCGCAUGUACUUUGCUGAGACUGUCCUUGCGCUGGAGUAUCUGCACAACUAUGGCAUCGUCCACCGUGACCUCAAGCCUGACAAUCUGCUCAUCACUUCCAUGGGGCACAUCAAGUUGACAGACUUUGGUCUCUCCAAGAUGGGACUGAUGAGCCUCACCACCAACCUGUAUGAAGGUCACAUUGAGAAAGAUGCCCGGGAGUUCCUAGACAAACAGGUGUGUGGGACUCCCGAAUACAUUGCUCCUGAAGUGAUCCUUCGCCAAGGCUAUGGGAAGCCAGUGGACUGGUGGGCUAUGGGCAUCAUCCUGUAUGAGUUCCUGGUGGGCUGCGUGCCGUUCUUUGGAGACACUCCCGAGGAGCUCUUUGGCCAGGUCAUCACUGAUGACAUCUUGUGGCCAGAAGGGGAGGAGGCCCUCCCAGCAGACGCUCAGCAUCUCAUCUCCUGCCUCCUACAGACCAACCCUCUCCUCCGCCUGGGGGCAGGUGGCGCCUAUGAAGUGAAACAGCAUGCAUUUUUCAAAGAUUUGGACUGGAACGGACUUCUGAGGCAGAAAGCAGAGUUCAUCCCUCACCUGGAGUCUGAGGAAGACACCAGCUACUUUGACACGCGCUCCGAUCGUUACCACCACAUUAAUUCAUAUGAUGAAGAUGACACAACUGAAGAUGAACCAGUGGAGAUACGACAGUUUUCAUCUUGUUCUCCCAGGUUCAGCAAGGUGUACAGCAGCAUGGAGCACCUGUCGCAGCACGAGCAGAAGACUCCAGGUGUCACCAAGAGGGACCAGAGCAACAAGCACAAGGAUGAGAAGCCUGGCAAACGGGAAAGUUUGGGCAGCUUCACUCUUCGGGAGAAAAGCUGGCGGACCAACUCCCCAGAAAUGAAGCGGCUCUCUGCCUCAGAGUCAUCCUACACCGAGAGUGAUUCCAGCCCCCCCUUGGGUGCACGCCGUCGCUUCUCAGCCUUGAUGGACACCAGCCGUUUUGCUGUGACACUGGAAACUGAUACUGAGAUUCCUGGCAAGGGGCCUGUGAAGGCUCCUGGGGAAAAUGGGUCCAUGGGGCCCACACCACAAGCUGAAGGCAAGGAGAGCAAGGAAGGGGCAGCCGGAGAUGCUGGACGGGGCCCUCCCACUGUAGAGACUGACGUAGGCGAUAAAUCAAAAGCGGGUGAGCUACAGCCCCCAAAGGAGCUGGACCCAUCAGCCCCCAAAGCCACCAAUGACCUGGUGCUGCGUCGGGCCCGGCACCAGCAGCUCUCAGGGGACUCCACAGCCGAGAAGCGCAGCUCCCGCACAGGGGGCAAGGUCAUCAAAUCUGCCUCAGCUACCGCACUGUCCGUCAUUGUCCCCACAGUGGAACAGCACAGCAGCUCCCCCCUGGCCAGCCCAAUGUCCCCCCGGUCACUCUCUUCUAACCCAUCAUCCCGGGAUUCCUCACCAUCCCGGGAUUAUUCGCCAGCCGUCACCAGCCUUCGCUCUCCCAUUACUAUCCAGCGUUCGGGGAAGAAGUACGGCUUCACACUGCGUGCCAUCCGGGUGUACAUGGGGGACAGCGAUGUCUACAGUGUGCAUCACAUUGUCUGGCACGUGGAGGAAAGUGGUCCAGCUCAUGAGGCGGGUCUGUGCGCAGGAGACCUCAUUACCCAUGUCAAUGGGGAGCCAGUGCAUGGGCUGGUGCACACUGAGGUGGUGGAACUCAUCCUGAAGAGUGGGAACAAGGUGAUAGUGACCACCACACCCUUUGAGAACACCUCCAUCCGGAUUGGGCCAGCCCGCAAGAGCAGCUACAAGUCCAAGAUGGCCCGGAGGAACAAGAGGAGCACCAGCAAAGAAGGGCAGGAGAGUAAGAAGCGCAGCUCCCUCUUCCGCAAGAUCACCAAGCAGUCCAACCUACUGCACACCAGCCGCAGCUUGUCAUCACUGAACCGCUCACUCUCCUCCAGCGACAGCUUGCCUGGCUCACCCACUCAUGGCCUGGGGGCACGCUCACCCACCCAAAGCCUGCGCUCCACACCUGACUCCGCCUACCUAGGUGCCUCUUCACAAAGCAGUUCCCCAGCCUCUAGCACACCCAACUCACCAGCCACCUCCUCUCACCACAUGCGACCCAGCACUCUGCAUGGCCUGUCUCCCAAACUGCACCGCCAGUACCGUUCCGCUCGCUGCAAGUCGGCUGGCAACAUCCCCCUCUCGCCUCUGGCGCACACGCCUUCCCCCACGCAGGCCUCGCCACCGCCACUGCCCGGCCACACAGUGGGCAGCUCCAACACCACGCAGAGCUUUCCAGCCAAGCUUCACUCCUCUCCACCCGUGGUGAGGCCCCGCCCCAAGAGCGCUGAACCCCCUCGUUCGCCACUGCUGAAACGGGUGCAGUCGGCCGAGAAACUGGGCUCCCCACUAAGCUCGGAGAAGAAAGUGGUGGUGAGGAAGCACAGCCUGGAAGUGGUGCACUCUGAGUACCGCAAAGACUUCUACGGCGAGCCUGGCCUCCACAGCCUGGCUGAGUCCGAUGGGGAGAGCCCCAGUGAAUCAGGGGCUCCCAAGCCACUUGCCACUCGGCGCCUGGGCCGGCAGGAGUCCCCACUGAGCUUUGGGGCAGGAGACGCAGAGGCGGUCCUGGAGACCAGCAUCAAGGCCAGGGUCCCGGAAGCUCUACUUGGGGACUGCAGGAGAAGUCAAGCUGUGCAGACAGAAGAGGCAUUUGCAGGAGCUCAUCGGGCCCUGGCCAAAGCCCUGAGCCCCGUGCAAGAACAUGAGCAAGGGAAAAAGGGCAGUGGGGAGGCAGAAAUUGCGCCCCGGGGGCCCGUCCCAAUCAUGCUGGAGCCCAAGGAAAGUCAGGAGCCUGGCCCUCAAGGGAAGGCUGCCUCGGAGCUCUCCCAGGACAAGGCUGGCUCGCCCAAGGAGAAGUGGAUCUUGGAGGUAGUGGAAGAGCACACCACACUGGGGACCUGCGCCAAGACCCCCAGUUGCCUGUGCCCAGAGGGGACCAAGAACGGACUAAAGCGAGGCUCAGCUGAGGCAAAGGGGAAACGGGGGAAAGAAGAGGUGCCUGCACUGGGGUCUGGGAGCAAGUGUGCUGGAGACACCCCCCGGCCCUCACCUCCUACACUUGAGAAAAAGGGGGCAGCCCGCUGAAAGUAGGAGGAUUGCGUUUCUCACUAGACUGGACAUCUAGACUACACUCCUAGAACACCUCCUUCCUCUUUGCCUUCCAGCCCAGUGGUGGUGGUAGUGGUUAGGAUAGCAAGGUCCUACCUACUCACCUCAGAGCUGGAGGGAGCUGGUCCUUAAAUUCCCUGUAAAUAUGAAGGGCAGAGGCAAUGACUUCUCCCUCCCCACCCCCUGGCCAUCCUCCUGUGAAUGGCAUGUCCGGUGUUAGGCCUUGUAAAGUACCUAUACAUAUCUCUCUCUAUAUAUAUUAUAUUAUUUAUAUAAAUAUAUAUAUAUAUAUGAGCAAGACUACUCUAUACAUGAAAAGGUUAAUACUGUGAUGACUCCCUUCCCCCCAAGCCUAUUCCCAAAGCCCUGUGCUUCAGGCUACAAAUCGAAGCCUGUAGGAUACAAAAGGGAGUGGAUGUGUAGGAACAGAUAGCAGAACCGGAACACACAUACCAAGCUAAGUUUGAAUGUAGAAGGUUUUGCUAAUCCACAAAUGCAAAAACCCAGUUAUAAUUCUUGUUGCCUCUCAAUCUUUGCAUGCAAAGGGGGUGCCCAAUUCAUGCAAAUUUGGCAUUGAUUCAUUGGGAUUAAGAUGUGGCUGUCCAGGAAGGUGACAACACAGCUCUUGUAGCAUCAUCAGGCUGGAAUCACAGCAGCUGUAAGUAAGCGACUUCCCACCCUUCAAGAGCCAAGCCCACACCCCUCCCAUCGGUUUGCUCACAGCACAUGUCCCAAGCAAGCACUUCUUUUCUGUUUCCCUUAGGAGAGGCAGGAAGAUGCAGCAGUUUUGAAUUUGUUAUUUUGCAUUGCUAAAUACUGAGGUAAGUUAGUGGAUACAUCCCACUAAAGUGAGCACUUUAAAUAUCAUAUUGAACUCUUCAGCAAAGCAAAUUGCUCACCAGUCACUUCCUAGCAUUGUAAAUCUGUCUGAAACUAAACAAGAGCUGGGACUUGAAUGUGCCUGAAUGGAAAAUGACAGGUUGGUUCCAGUUGUGGAAAAGGCAGAGAUGCAUUAACCAUAAAGAGAAGGGAAGGUCCCUCAGGUGGCAGAUUUGGUGCACUAUAAAAGGUGGCAGAGUGGGAGACCAGAAGAUCUGACCUAAGGGGCACAAUCUAUUGGCAAAUCUCCUUAUUGAAGCCCAGUUUAAAUGGAGCGUAUACUGGAGAACUCCCUAGUGCGGUGUGUGUUUUUGUUCAGUAGUGGAAGGGAUGAGCCAUGUGGAUCUUCUGCCUUAGGCACCAAAGUAGCUUUCAAAGGCAAGGCCAGACACUGCCCCUAGUGAUCCCUGGAAGAAAGGCAUUGCUUCUCACAGAAAUAAUUUAGCCUCAUGACUGUCAGGCACAAUCUCACACAGGAGAAUGUGGACAGGCCUUGCUUCCACCUCACAGGUCCCACGUUUUCCAAUUCUGCUUAAUGAACCCACCAAAUAACUGGUUUCUCAGACUGUGAUUUUGGAUACAACUAAAAGCCUUCCUUGAAGUGUUUUGUUUUUUAGAAGAGGCAUGCUAUAUUGCAGUUUGAGUUCCAAACAGAAAUGCAUGUUUCGUCCCUCUUGGAGAAGGGGAAAAGCAGUUUUCCAAAAUUAUAUUUUCUUAUCCCUGUUCUUUGGAAAGCUUGAAGCAACUUACAUGGGGCUCCUAAUGGAAGGUGCUCAGGUAGAAUAGCCUCUGACUUGCCAUGCAAAAUGGCAUCUCCUGACCAUUUGUUGACUGCACGUCCCUUACAUUGGCCCACUUGGCUUUUGCACUUCAGUGGCAUGAGCUGGCACCAGGAGGACAGAGACAUGUGUCAUGUACUCUAGACUUGCAAAAACAGUGUGUUAGAAAAUGAGAGUAGCUGGUGCCAUUCUCACACACUGAUUGUGUCAGCAGUUCCUGCAGCUUCCAAUUUGAUCAGAAAUACGUUUUCCUGUAGCUACCAAUUGGUCAAAAUGCAUGAGGCCUACCAAGCUGCCUCAUUGUGCAUUUGUGUCAUCAGUGUUUGUGGGCAAUGAAGUCAUCAUGCAUUAUGGUGCUGUAAAUUGGCAGUAUCAUGUUCAGGUGUACAACUCAGAGCAUGCCUGAAAUUACAUUUGUGGAGUUGCCUCAUUUCUGAAUGCUCAGUGUAAAAGGUAAAGGUCAAGGUGUCCCUGCACUUAUAGUGCGAGUCGUUUCCGACUCUUAGGGUGACGUCUUCCGAUGUUUACUAGGCAGAUCGUUUAUAUGGGGUGGGAUUGCCAGUUCCUUCCCCGGCCUUUCUUUACCCCCCAGCAUAGGCCGGGUACUCAUUUUACCGACCACGGAUGGAUGGAAGGCUGAGUGGACCUCGACCCCUUUUACCGGAGAUUCGACUUCCUCCUUCCAUUGGAAUCGAACUCCAACCGUGAGCAGAGCUUCGGCUGUGUUACCGCCGCUUACCUCUCUGCGCCACGGAGGAUCUGUAUACUCAGAGUAUAGAGCCUGACAAAUUGGAGAUAUGGAGCCUGCUGGGGCAGGCACAAAAUCUAGUGAUGUCUGGUGCCACAGGGGUGAAAUCUGAUAGAGGCGAUGAAGUCCUGCAAAAGUCCUUAAAGCAAACUCUGAUCUGCACAUGGUUGCAUACCCCUUCCAGUGCACAAUCUGCAUUAUAUCCCUUACUUCAUUCGAAAGAACGUGGGAGAAGGAUGGGGUCCAUUGGAGGAACUAUGGGUGCAUCCGCACCACAAAUUCUAAAUUCUCUCAAUAAACCUACAGUGCCCAACAUUCUUUAGCGUAAGCUAAAACAGCAGUAAUUUGCAAGUGAUUUAAGUGUGUGGUGAGGAUGCAGCCCAUGAGAAAAAGUCUGCCCUUCCCCUCCCUGUUUGCUUCUAGCCUCUCACUCUGAAGUUUUAUUCCUUUGCUUGGAGAACUUAAGAAGGAAACUAAAACUUCUGAGACUUUGGGUCAGAGCCAGAUAUUUGCAACCCUGCCACCAAUGCAGAAUCACACCAUAUCUAUUCGAAUCUUACCAUAUGUGUUCUUGAUGGUAAUGUCACGGCACUAAUGCAGCUUCUGCCUGGUCCCCUCUCUGGUGCUCUCCCAGUCCAGUUAUCUCUGAAGAGAGAGAUCCUCUAUGCAAUUAUAUGAGCUGAUGGCAGAAGCCUGUUUACUUUUGCCCUUCCCUUCAAACUCCACUCCAAUUGUCAUACAACAACAUCCAUUAACUCAUCCUUCCUUAUCCACCCUGAUGACAAAAAUCACUAGUGUUCCCUAAGAGAACUGGGUCCCAGUUCAUAAGAUAUUCCAGUGGAAAUAUUAAAAGUGUUGGGUGUGGGGUUUUAGGGGGAAGUCAGGUCCACUUCUGAUGAAACUUCACAACCCAUGUACUGUUCUAUUGUCUGGCCAAGCCAAAUGCAGCACAUCGGAGGCUUUCCUGCCUUCCUGGAACUAUGAAAAACAGUGUGUGUGAGUGAAAGAGGUAGCAAGCCAGCCAUAGUACAUGGCAGGUGGGCUGUGUUUGGGUCACAAGCUGUGUGAGUCUGGCCCAUGUACCUCCUUGGUCGUCGUCGUCCCCAAAAAAACCCAUAUGAGACCUAGUGCAGUGGUUUGUUAGAUGUUUGCUCCAGGUGAGUCUGCAAGAUGCAGUGGGUGUGUGUGGAAAAGCUAUUGGGGGGGGGGAACUCUUGCAACUGUGAGGGAUGUGAGUGGGGAACAUUUUAUCUGCAAGAGUUAUGUUCUUCCCCGGUUCAGAACUGCUGGACCCAUAAUCACAAGGGAGGCAGGCACUUGGUGAGCAGGAAGAAAGCUUCAGGAAAGUAAACUCUCCUACCAGUCUGGCCACGUUAAAGGGAUUGUGUGUAUAUGGGUGUUGUCCCCUGAAGCCCUGACAUGCAUGAGUGAUUAGUGAAGUACCCCAGCUAGGUUGCCAUCUAUCUGUAAUGUGGGAAAAAGUAUGUAACCCACCUCCCCCACAUAAGGCGAUAAGAAGCUGACGGCCACACAGUGGUCUGCAGGAUGUGUCUUCUGGACCAUUGUAACCGUUUCCAGGCUCAUUAAGGCAGGCACAUUGUGUCAUGUUAAU